AAGAGAAGUGACAAUAAUAAUUUUCUGACGAAAGAUAUUUAACAAAUAUUGAAAUAAAUUUAUAUUUAAAAAUAUAAACUAAAAAUGUCUGAUUUUUAUAGUGAAGGUUAUAAUAAUAAUGUUGGAUCAGCAUCAGGAAGUAAAGGGGGUGAUAAUGAGCUACAAGAAUUUUUGUUAAUAGAAAAACAAAAAGCACAAUUUCAAGCUCAGAUUAACGAAUUCAAUGAUUUUUGUUGGGAUAAAUGUCUGGAUAAACCUGGAAAUAAAUUGGAUAGCAAAACUGAGACAUGCAUAACAAAUUGUGUAAAUCGAUUUAUAGAUGUAUCGUUGUUGGUUACCAAACGAUUUGCACAAAUUAUUCAAAAGAAUGGAGCAUAAAGUUCCUAUAUUAAGAUUUAUUAAAUUGUGAGU